AUGUGGUACCUUCAAGCUUUUCACCCUGACAUACAGAUGCAGACUGUUAUGGCCAUCUCGAGUAAUUACAUCAAGCCCUCAUAUGAUGCUUUCAAUGCUUUCUCUGACUUUCUGACUAACGCUGAUGUCUUUGUAGUGGCCUCCGGACUUUCGACAUCCCUCUUGCUCGAGACGGUUCUUCUUAAAUUCGGUCGCGACCGCCUUCCCUGGCUUACAGCAGCGAAGACUGCCUUUGGAAUGAGCAUGAUAUCGAUGAUCACGAUGGAACUCGUUGAGAAUCUCGUCGACUAUCACCUAACAGGGGGCAUUGUCCAGCUGAAUGACCCCAUGUUCUGGGUAGCCGCCGUUGUGUCAAUGACGGCCGGGUUCUUGGCCCCGUUGCCUUAUAACUACCACCGACUCAUGAAGUUUGGAAAGGCUUGUCACUGA